AUGUUGGGUCAGCUCAAAGCUACGUUUCGCUCAGCGCCACAGCAUGAUGAUGAGCCUGAGGUUGAGUCGAUUCUGAAGAAAUCACGCUUCAAUUUUUACCAGGAGUACGUCGAAGGGGUGCAACGAAGGAAGAUGGAAGAAAUGAAAAAUGACUCAAUCCUACAGGAACGGCUCACCCAAGCAACCGAGCGUGACUUGAUGGAGAGUGAAGAGCAACUUUCUUGGAAUGCAUAUGAACUACCUUUGCGCAACCGAAUGCGAUUGAUCAAACGACAUUUGGACACACAACGUCAAGCUAAGGAAACACGGCUUCGACGUCUCAAGGAUGAAGUUCGACUGAAGGAGGAGGGUUUCACAUACCACAAUGGCGUCUUGAAGGAGUUUUCGCGAUGGCGGGACUCACCAGCGUUGUUCCGCUACUACCACGGACACAAGGGCCAGGUCUAUGCUUUCAAAAUGUCCGAGUCACUAGACUGCUUCCUCUCUGCGUCGGCGGACACAACCCUUAAGCUCUGGGAUUUCACUAGUGGCACAUGUGUCCGUACCUUUGAGGGCCAUGGCAAGGCUGUACGCGACUGCGAUCUGUCGCCAGGGUUCUCUAUAAACAACCGCGGUGGACUUGGUCUCGCCGUUUCCUGUUCAACUGAUAAAACUUUGCGCAUUUGGGAUGCGCGAACCGGCGGACUCCGUAAGGAGAUACGGGGGCACACCGAUGUGGUCUAUGCAACACGCUUUUCGCCCGACGGGCGUCAAAUUUGCUCUGCAUCUGCCGACUGCACCGUUCGCCUCUUUGAUGCCCUUGAGGGCCACCUGAACUAUAUUUUUUAUGGUCAUGAGUCUGCUGUCGUAUCCAUUUCCUACGCUCCAUCUGGACGUUAUAUUGCAAGUUCUUCUGACUAUGGUGAACGUGCUGUCAAGCUGUGGGACGCAGAUGUGCCCGCAACCAGAAGCGUGAAGCCAAUCACCGUGCGUAUCCAAUGGACGCUUGAGGGUCUCAUUUCCCGAAUCACCCUUGUCACUGAUCCGCCCAGAGCGCUUCUUGAGCCCCCCCAGAAAGAUCGACUGUCAGACCAUUUUAGUGAAAAGCGCCAGGAUCCAUGGGAUCUGCUGACCGACGGCGAAGACGAAGAAAGCGAGCACGAACGUCGCCAGCGUGAGAAAGAGGAGAGCCGGAAGCAGUGUGAUGCAGAACCUCGACUUCGAGAGUGCUCCAUACAGACGGCCCCUGAUGUCAAAGAGUCUGGUGGAUUUACCUUGAGCGUUGCGUCGGUUGAUCGAUUUGGGCGAUCAGCACAAGUGGAUCAAUACUAUGGUGGGGUGACUCUGCAAAUAAUUUUGCGAGGUGUCAAUGCUAUAGCUGAGUUUUUUGUCGGCUCAUACAUAAAGAGUUCGAUUCAUGACACAUUUAUCGAAAACAGCGGUCGGCGCAGCGGUCAAUUUUCAUGCAGCUUGCCAUUAGGAAUUCGCCACUCAUGCGAUAGGGCAGCCAUACAUACAAGGCGCUUUGACGCUAAGUCUGAGAUCAUUUUAUCCUGGCAAGCGCCCUCCUGUGGUUCUGGGACGCUCAUCAUGCGGGCAAACGUCGCAGCUGCUGCCGAGAGCAAUAACGAAAUCAAUCGAAUUGCACUGUCAUAUACACUUAAGGAGGUUGAGCCGCCGAGGAAGGGUAGUGUUCUCUCUGACCUCUCCCAACAGGCAACAACGCUAGGAGGCCAUGCUACCAUCUUCAACUUCACAGCUUCAAUCCUCCACCAGCUCUUCAUUGAGCUUAUUCGCAAUCGCGAUACUGCUGAGGCAUCAAAUAUGGUCAGUCCGGUGAGUCGGCUUAAGAUUCGUGAAGGCCUGAAGCGUGGUGCCAACACGGCAGUUUACAAAGGCAAAGCUACUGUCAUGGAGCAGGUAAGUGUCUUCUGUUCUACUCCACUCAGUAAUAUCGUGUUUGACUCGCAAACAAUGGACUAUAGGUGGAUAGGUGGAUGGCUAAUGGAGUUUCAAUUCUCAAGGAUGCUAAGGACUUGUCGCCAGGUAAAAGUAUGGGCGUGCUGCUCCAUGGCGUGCCCCUGGAGUUGCCACCACCAAUCAAGCAAGCUCUAUCGAAGACCAGUGCCAGACCGAUUUCUCAGGACCUUGAUCAAGCCAAGAAAGAGGUCUCACGCAGACAAGACUGGCGCAACAGAAGGCUUCAAUGCUCUGAAGAGGUGCGAUCGAUGUGGGAGCCAUCUGUAGAGGUAAGUGAGCUACCAAAGCCAGCCGCUGCGUCUGAUUCAUUGAUUAGUGAUGGUCGUUACGGUGGCAACUUGCCGCAUUUGCAGAUGCCGUUGCCAUUUCUCUACCCCAUCAACGCCAGGGGCUUUGGAACGCACGAUGCUGCUCGCAAGGGUAUUGAGGCCAUGGACAGCCUAGGUAAGGAUGACAACGGAAUUGGGAGAUUGGGUAGAGUGCAACGGUCUAAUUCGGACCGCCAAGCCCAGGUUCUAGCCCUCUCGAAGUUUGCGCAGCUACGUGGCGUUGCGCAGAGAGCUGAUUCCUCCAGACGUCGUGCUGCCCAGGUUGUUCUUCCUAGUUUUGAGAAGGCAGGCUCCGAUUUGGGAACGGCAGGACACGUCCGUGCCAAAGCAGUGCUCGCUGCAGGUUUCUCUUUCCACCCCCUUCCGGACCGAAUUGCGUACAAACGACUCUGUCAACUUCAGCUCGUGGCAAAGAUGGCUCCAGUUACUUCACACCGCGGUGGUGUUGCUUUCCUGAUGCACCAAACGGUCAUCCAAGAUGGGCAGAGGCAUAAUAAUGAUAUUAGAGGAGGGACAUUGUCAAAGAACGAAAAGCCACUACUGCGGCGACGGAAUUCUUUCCCAGCCCUUCCGGGUCUUACAGCCAAGCCAAAGUCAAAGCUACUAGACCGAAAGGAUGAGACUAGAUUCGCUGCACUUGCUCGCGUUGUCGGCGGCUGCCUUCGGACGUUCUGGGCCAGCAAUGGUGACUUCCAUUCUCAUCACCACACGGUUAACCAAGUCGUAUGGUCACUUGAUGAAAAACGGGUCGCAUCUUGUUCAAAUGACAAGACUGUACGUCUCUGGGCGCCCCAAACAGGCCAAUGUGUACGUACGCUUGUUGGUCAUGACGACGCUGUUAUGGGAUGUGCGUUUUCUGAGGAUGGCCUCCGUCUUGUUUCUGCUGGUAUGGAUAACUUCCUCAUACUGUGGAACACUGUGAACGGCGAAAUGUUACGAAGAUUCUUUGGUCACGACGACGUUAUCUAUCGUUGUGUACUUUUUCGUAACUCAUCAGCCAUGCUCUCGUGCUCAUCUGAUAGAACGCUUAAGUCUUGGUUCCUCACACCACAGCCACCCGAUCCCCCGGCUCGACCAGCAGUAUCAGAUGCAGGCCAACGUGCCGCUCAUGUUGCUUGGCGCGCCCCACCAGCUUACAAUGACGAUAUUGUUGCUUACAAGAUACAAUGGCGUGUCGGUCUCCGUGUGUCAUUUAAGAACGAGACAACAGUUGAUGGUUCAACUUUCAAAAAACAAGUUGAUGGCCUCAGGCCGGGCCAGAAUUACCAGUUCCGCAUCUGUGCUGUUAAUCGCAUGGGCCAAGGAGACUGGUCAGAACCAUCGGCACAGCACGUCACCCAGGUUGGCAUCCCCGAGCCCCUCGAGCAGCCUGUUGUCAUCCGGUCGUGGUUCCGUCCGCGUAGAAUUGUUUUUUGCUGGCAUGCGCCUCUUGCUACAGUCGAGGGUACAGCAAUCCAUCGGUUCCGGGUCCAAUGUGCGGGCGAAGGUAGCGCCUUUGCCACUCGGCCUGACUUUGAAAAAUUCAUUACGUGGAAGGAGGGUCGUGCAUUGGCACAGCACGUCGAGGCUGCCCUGAAAGACCAGAUUCGAGAGGAUGUGAACAUCUGGCAGCGAUCAGGACCUGCCACUAAGGGCAAGACUUUCGAGGUCCCAGAGUGUGCCCUGGUCAAAUUUAAUCAUGAGACGACUGCUAUGGCCAAUGACGAAAAGUUCUUGCCCGAGGAGCGCAAUCCUAGACUCCCCAGCAUCAAUCGGCGUUGGCGCCGCACUAUCAAAUGUGUUCCUCAGAAUGAGCAGAAAAGACGAGACGACCUUCGAUUUGCUAAAUUGAACAAGGGAAUUCUCAUGGCCGCCGCAUUUGAUGAGCUCAAACCCGGGUUUGAUUAUCGUUGUCGUGUAUCUGCAAUCUCAUCUGUUGGCGAGGGCCCAUUCUCAUUGCCAACAUACAAUGCCAAGACCCCUCCAGAUUAUCCGGCAAAUCCGAGAUGUCCCGUAGUCAAAGCGCUCUCUCAGACCGCGCUCAAGCUUAAAUGGGUGGCACCGCUUGAGAAUGGGUCUGCGAUCAUGCGUUUCCUCAUUCGACGCAAGGAUGUUACAAAUGAUGUUUCCGAAUAUACUCGACACGACUCAGAGGCGGUAUUUGACUGUCUCGAACCAGGGAAAAAGUACUCGUUUCAAAUCUGUGCUUUCAAUCAGAUAGGACCAUCCACCUGGAGCCCCUGGAGUGAGCCUACAUCAACACUUACAGCUCUCCCCAAGGUUCCGGAGCGUCCCACAGUCCUCGAAGCCACCAUUACUGCGGUGACACUCCGCUGUGUUAAACCACAUAACUCUGGCAAGAUAAUCUCGACGAUUGUCGUUCAGCGGCGCGAGCUCCGACCUGGCGGUGUCAAGUCAGAAUGGGCAAGCAAAACGAGAUUCCCCCCUAACCCAGGUGGAACCGGAGUUGCUUGUAUCUUUACUAUUUCCCCCCUCGAACCGUACACGGUAUACCAGUUUCGAUGUGCUGCAAUUAAUGCGCACGGGCAGUCAGACUGGUCGCUACCAUCAUUCCGGAUACGUACCUGCAAAGCACAACCGCCAGCUGCGCCCCAGCACCCAAGAGUUGCAGAGGUACACCCUGCAAGUGUACACCUCAUAUGGAUCGCCCCAGACCCUAAAGGGUGUCCGAUAAUUGGCCAUGCUCUCGAACUCAAGCGCCUGCGCAGAGAGGUCGCGUUCUUAGAUACACACGAGAUGCUUCAAACUGAAAGAAAUGAUGCCGCCAGCAACACGGAUCGCGAGACUGAUGGUAUUGUCUCCUCGCUGGAUAUUGGCUACACGAACAAAUAUGAAGCAGAGAAUCUCGAGCCCUCUGCGAAGUAUAUAUUUCGUGUGGCUGCUUACAAUGGUAAAGGGCAGGGCGACUGGUCCUGCUGGUCCGACACAUUCACAGGUGGUUUCGCAAUACCGUUGGAGACAGCACAGUAA